GAAGAAACCAAUUUGCUAUAAUAGAAAAAUUAUCAUUAUUAUUUAUUUUUUUUUUUUUUUAUAUUUAAAAAGCAGAUUUUUUUUUCAGUUUUGUUUAGCUCUUUCGUAAAGAUGGCUCGUACAAAAAAUUUAGAUCAUUUCUAUUCAUUGCUUGAUCAGUAUAGAAAUAUUGCUUUUCCAGAUUCAUUACAACAAGAAUCAAGCCCUAUUGCAACAUUAGAGCUACUUGGAACGAUAAACUAUGUCAAAUCUGUUUCUGAUCAACAAAUUAUUGACAUUAUAGUCAGUGGUUGUAAAUCAAUAGGUCAUGAAACUACACUUUCUCGCUACUUUUAUCAAUUCAUGUAUAAACAAUUUUCAAAACAAAUUCGAGUUACAAAUUUUCGCUCUUCUCAGUUCGACAUGACUAUUCAUUACUUACUUGAAGGUUUAGACAAUACUAACGAUUUGAGUGACGAUCAUAAAGUAGAUCUUUUAAGAGCCUUGAGUUCACUCGUAUUUGAAACAGCCAAUCAUACUCAACGUUCUGCCAAUCGUCUAUCCACGCUACUUUUGAGGUUUGCAAAUCCCUCUUAUACAUCAUUACAAGUCCGUCGAAUGGCGAUUAAUUGUAUUGGCAAUGCUUGUGCAAAUGCAGGCAAUACAAAGCUACAAGCCUUUUUUCAAGAAUUUUAUGCAUGCUUAUUAAGUAAUCUUUGUAAAGUAGACCGUACAUCAGAGGGAACUCUUCUGGUCAGAGCACCGACAACGGAUAUCUUGAAUGAUGAUGCAUCGAUACGUAAAAUAGCAAGUUCAACUCUAAGAGCACUUCAAUUUUUACUUUCUCAAGACAAGUCAUUAGUGACCAAUCCUUUAUGUGAUAUGAUUGAUAUCAUUCAUACCUUUAUCUUUAUGCAAGUCAAUGUACACACUUAUAGUAUUCAAUCUACAAAGAUGCCUACUAGAAGAAACAAGCUUCUAACCACUCCUUUAACAAAACCUAGUUUUUCUUGGAGAACGACAACAGCUUCAUUAAGCUAUCAAAUGAAAUCCAUGUCACUCGUGACUAGUUCAGAAUCAGAAUUAUCGGACUCACCUACCCUGACACCUGAGCUAUCACCUCGUCGACAAAGAGAUUAUACAAAGAUUAGAAUUAAUGCACUUUUAUGUUUAUCGGCUAUUGCAACUACAUCACCUAAAGUACUUUAUUCUCAUUGGAGCAAGUUCUUACCCGAUACAUUUUCAAUUUUUCUAUCUAAUAACACCAAUAGUGAAGGAAAAUUAUUACCUUUCCUUAGAACUGAUAAUCAACCUUAUUCUUUAUUUACCAUUCUAUUGUAUGAUCCUAUCAUUCAUGUUCGAUCUGCUGUUUGCCAUGCAUUAAUCGCGAUGUUGAAUGGCUCAAAGAACUAUUUAAGUCUAGCAUUAGAAAGGUAA